AUGGCUAAACUAGAGAUUAUAAAACCAAGUGAACUGUAUAACAUUUUGAAUCAGAAAUUUACUCACGCUUUCAUAAGUGAUCCAUGUUAUUGUGCCCUGUUUGACUCACGAACUGCUGACGACUAUAAUAAGUCACAUAUUAUAACAGCUAAGAAUUUGAAAAGAUUGAAUGCUUGUUCUUUCAGAAUACCUUAUGAGGCAGAACUUGACUGCAGAUGGAAUGUCAUUGUUUAUGAUGGGAAUACAUCAUCAUUGGACUCUGAAGGGGAUGCAGUUAGAGCUGCAAAGCUUUUGUAUGACAACGGGAGCCGUCACAUAGUUAAAAUACUGGAAGGAGGAUUUGAGACAUUUACUCGUUUAUAUCCAUACAUGAGAAGUGAUAAGAUAAUGUAUUUACCGCGAGAGCUUGAAUCGUUUUCUACUUACCCAUUAGAAGUUUUGCCGGAUGUUUUAUAUAUUGGUACAAUUCAACAUGCUGGUGAUCGUAAGCUUCAUAGACAAAUGAAUAUUGUAGCACAUAUAAAUUGUGCAUUAGAUAAUGACGAUCCCAUAUAUCAGAAUUGUAAAGACUCUAUGUUGAAUAUUCAACCAACUGAAAAUUGUGAACUGUUAUCAUUUUUGGACAACGCUUGUGAUUUUAUUCAAGAAAAACGAUUAAGAGGACAACGUGUUUUAAUUAUUUCAAAAUGGAUGUUUAAUCAGUCUGUAGUGAUUGCAAUUGCUUAUCUUAUUAAAUAUGAAUUAAUGAGUUUAAAAGAUGCAUGGAUGUAUUUACGAAAGAUCUGUAUACCGAUGCAACCAAGUUGGAAUUUUAUGAUACAAUUAGCUGAAUUUGAAUAUAAAUUACAGCGUACUGAUAAAUUGAUUCCAUUAACAGAAGAUGAUUACUAUGAAAGAUGA